AUUUUGAGUUCUAAAUUUUCUUUCUUCCUCUUGUCCCCCCCCUACCCUUUAGAAGACAAACAAUAGGAUAUUAAGAAAUGAUUUUAAUGGAAACACAAAAGGCAUCUGUAAAACUUAUAUUUAACAAAUGUCCAGAGCUUUUUUUCUCCUACCUUUCUUCUGCCAUUUACCAUUGAGUAGGUUCGUUCUUGAAAAGAAGAAAAAGGCCAAAAUGGAGGGAGACAGGGCCACAGGAGCAGAUCAGGUGGUUGGAUUUGGCCUGGUGAUUUUCAGUCUUGUGACUUUCACCUACUACACGAUCUGGGUGAUCAUUCUGCCCUUCAUAGACAGUGAUCACAUUAUCCAUAAAUACUUCCUGCCCAGGGAGUACGCCAUUAUCAUUCCCCUAGCAGCUGGCCUAUUCCUGUUGCUGUUUGUGGGGCUGUUCAUCACUUAUGUGAUGUUAAAGAAUCGGAAGCCAGCCAAGAAGACAAAUUGAAGGAGGUGCAGCCAGAUGUGGGGAGGAAUCUGGAGUCACAUCUUGGACCCUGUGCGCUGCAUUCUAGCCGGGCUUGGAGGAGACGUGGGGGCAGGGGUUAGAGAGGAUCCUCUGUCCCUGUUCUCACCCCCUUUCAGACCAGGGUGGCCUGGGGCAGGGUGCAGUGCUGCUCUCAGGACAAAGCUGAGGAGCUUUAGCAUCCCAGAUGCCCCUGAACAGUAGACAUUUUGGUCCUGUGGGACUGGCAUGAAUUGAGUUCUAUGACUGACUGCCUCCUCCUGAGUUCCAGCUCGUAUGGGAGGAGCAAGCAUUCCAGCUCUUCUUCCUUGGCCCCUCUCCCAGUUUAAUGGGCGAAAGAGACACCAGCCUUCUUCCCUCUCUCCUAUUCCUCCGAGCUCUGCAAAUGAGCUUUUGUUCACAUUCCUAUAGAUCCCUUCCCUUCUCUACCUCUUGCUUAGUAGAAAAUCAGUUUUUCAGAGGCUGACACAAGCUUGGGCUCAUCCCAGACUACAGGGCUCUACUAGACAAAUCCCUGCCCUAAAUUCAUUUUCCUGGGAACAAAACCAGACCUCAGCCCAGUGAAGGGGCCAAACAGGGAGAUGUUCAAUUCAGGCUGUGAAAAUUGUAGAAACUUUGUGGACCAAACUACUGAUUGACACUGCUGGGAAUAAAGGCCUGACAGAUAUUGUUUGUCCAAUGUGCUGUGUCAUACCCUGUACCAUCUGACCUCCAUGUGGUUCCUGCACCCUACUGUAGCCCCUGUGCUGCUGAGCUUCCAGUUUCAUCUCUGUGUUUCAAUAAAUAUUUAAUACGACUGUCUCAGUCAUCUUUUUCAAUGAAGUUUAAAACCAGGCCUCUCUCCUGCCUAUCUAUCAAUUAAUUGAUAAGCCUUUAUUUGUUGUUUUUAGCAUUAUUUAUUAGCAAUAAUGGUAUUAAUUUCAACUACUGAGAUGAUAACAAUGCUUGACAUAUCAUAUGUAAAAACAGCUUUGAGUGAUUCCACUUGCAAAUAAUACAACUGGAAGGAAAACCAUCCGUGUCUGAAGUUCUUUGCAAUUAAUUGAGAAAUGAAAAUUUUCAGAUUUUGUAUUUAGAUGAAGCAAGAGAUGCAGUUAAAGAUGUUUGAUUACAUGUGUAUGAUAUGAUAUUAAAACUGAUAUUGGUAAAGAA